AUGAACGCGACCUCUCCUAACGAUUUCAUCCAAGCUCUAGAAAACCACACCGGAAGCGAUUCCAACACCAACAUCGACGACGAAGAUGCCGUUGCCGAGUACUACCAUCUAGUCUCCGCCAUCGAUUCCGAAGACGAGGACGAUGACAUUGAGCAUCCCCAACAUGAUGUCGUUGUUUCUCACUCGCAGCUCAUCCCAAACGACGUGAUCAUAGACCAGGAGCAGAGGGGAGUGUCGUUGCUCAGAUUAAACGACUGUGUCAAUGACAGCGGCAACAAAAAGGAGAUUGGGGAGGGCUCUGAUUCGACAAUCAGAGAAGACGAGAGCCGCUGCAACGUGCCGUUGACGCCGGAGAAUGCAACGAGGGUCUGCCCCAUCCCCGAUCCCAGUCCACCUCUGUUUCCUCAAUGA